CUGGACACAGGAUUCCAGCAGUGGUUGCACCAGUGCCAAAUACAGAGGUAAAAUAACCUCUCUGCUCCUAUGUGAGAUUCCCUAGUUUAUGCAGCCUAGGAUCACAUUAGCUCUUUUGACCACAGUAUCACACUGGGAGCGCAUGUUCUGCUGAUUAUCCACCAUGACUCCCAAAUCUUUUUCAGAGUCACUGCUUCCCAGGAUAGAGGCCCCCAUCCUGUGAGUAUUACAAUCUUUGCUCCCAAAUGUCCACAUUUACACUUAGCUGUAUUAAAACACAUAUUGUUUGCUUGUGCCCAGUUUACCAAGCCAUCUGAAUCAGUGACCUUUUCAUUAUUUAACCACUCCCCCAAAUUUGUGUCAUCUGUUGCCCUUCUCUGUACCUUUUCCAAUUCUAAUAUAUGUUUUUGAGAUGUGGUGACAGAACCUCAUGCAGUAUUCAAGGUGUGGGCAUGCCGUGGAUUUAUCCAAUGGCAUUUAUGAUAUUUACUGGCUUAUUAUUUAUCUGUUUCCUAAUGGUUUCUAAUACUCUGUUCGCUUUUUUCACUGCUGCUGCACUUUGGGCAGAUGUUUUCAGAGGACUAUCCAUGAUGACUCCAAGAUUUCUUUCUUAAGUGGUAACAGCUAAUUUAUACACUGUCUCCUGCAGCAAUGCAUGGCCACAACCCUAUUCCAUGGGUCAUGCCCUCUCUCAUACCACCCGUGCCAGCCUCAGCCCCUAUCCCACAGGCCACACCUCCUCCUCUACAGCCCAUAGCAGCCUCAGCCUGCAUGGCCACACUCCGGUCCCAUAGGCCAUGCCCCAUGCUUGUUCCCAUACAACCCACACCAGUCACAACAACACAUGGUCAUGUUCCCAUCCCACACAACCCACACAAGCAUCAGCCUGCAUGGCCAUACCCCCGCACCAACCCAUACCAGCCUCAACCACGCUCCUAUCCCUUUUCCAUGAAACAAAAGUGUUGUUCUUUUUCUUCCUCAGUCAAGGGUGCCUGGGUAUCUUUGCCUCCAAAACAUAGUGGCUCAACCCUUUGAUGUCUACCUGCAGAUAAGGUUUCUCUCACCCCCCAGCUGCUUUGUUCUUCCUAUUUAGUUUGUUUUGAAAUUCUUACAAUCCUUCAUUUGCAUUCAGUCCAGACUGGUGAUAAGGCACCCACUGUGAAACAUACAAUACUUAAUUUAUGUGCAAACUGCCCGAUAGAGAAACAUUUCUUGUUGGAGAGAAACCUGUUCUUCUCCUUUGCUGGUGCCAAGUCUCUAGACACAGUCUUGAGUAUAUUUUCAGUAUAUCUACAUAACUCUUUACAUAGUACCUGUAGGUACAUUUCACAAUGAUAGUAUUGACCAGUGUGACACCAGCUUUUAUUUGAGACCUCCUACAACAUUAUUUGGUGAACCAGAAUGUAUACGCCAGAAUCAGGAGAUUCCAGUGACCCCUCUGCACCCCCUUGUCAGUUGGCAUUAAGAGAGCUCCCCUCGAGGAUGCUGGACUCUCCCAUGGAGCUGGAGCCAGGCCCUGGGCCAGAGCCAGUGUCUCAUGACCCCGACGGGAGCUGUCGGAGAGGGGCAGCCAUCACUGUGUCCAGGAAGCAGAGCUGGGCCAGGUUCUCAUGUGGCAUCCGGGACGUGCCAUGUAGCUCUUACAGCAGGAAGGUGCCUGCCAGUCCCACGGCCUCCGCAGAGCUGCAGGAUGAGGGUGAAGGGGUAGAGCCAGGGCGAGAGACUGACCGGGAUCCCCAGUGCCCUCUGCGACCCCAGGAGCAGUUCUUCCCCACCCACACAGGGGGGCCAGCCCUUGAGGAUGAGGCAUGGCUUGUGGAGAGCCCCCCAGCCGCAGCACCCCCCACCCCUCAGCCCGGCCUGGCCCCUGGUGAUGAAGAGGCUGAGUCGAUGUGCAGGUAUGUGGAGCUUUGCGCCUCCGGCACUGCUGUGAGAUGUGCCAGUCAUGGUGCCUACUUGCAGAACCUGGAGAAGAGCAGCCGCCACUGGAUCCUCUCCUCAGGCAAGGCCCAGGGCCCAGAGGAGCUGGCCCCCAGUGCCAGCACAGAGUUGAAGGAGGUGGGCGCCAUGGGCAGCGAAGGGGAGAUCUGGUACAACCCUAUCCCUGAAGAUGAGGACGUUGUGGGUGUCAGGCAAGGCACCGAGCCCGGCAGCUCCUGGAGGAAGUGGGGCAGUGGCACAGGGAGCCGGGAAUCUGACAGGGACAAGGCCAGGCCCAGCAGGGCAGAGCCAGGUGAUGAAGAGCCCCCCAGGAGCAUCGCCAGGCAAGUGGAGAGCCCCAGCUCACAGAAUGCACCUACCCCAGCUGGGCCAGUGGGUCGAGGCGAGGAGACGGGUGCCGGCAGGACACAGGCCUAUGGGAAGUUGCCGAUUUCAUGUGUGAGCGCGGCUGUGGGGUUGGCUGGCCCAUCCCCCCCGCUGAGCCCCAGCGUCUCCAAGAAGGGGCGCUCCCUGGGCAGAGUGAAGUCCCCGGGAACCGUGCGCCGCCUUUCCCUGAAGAUGAAGAAGCUGCCUGAGCUGAGGAGGAAGCUAAGCCUACGUAGUGCCCGGCCCCGGGGGCAGGAGCCUGAGGGCAGUGGCAGCACCUCACCCCAGGAUGCCCGCAAGGAGCCAGGGAAUGUCAUCAGCCGCUACCACCUGGACAGCAGCGUGGCAUCCCAGCAGGGCCCGCACCGUGCCAAGGCAGCCAGCAAGGGUGGCUACCUGAGUGAUGGUGACUCCCCUGAGCUGCUGGCCAAAGCGGACAAGCGUGCCUGUCCUGGGCCAGAGGGGCAUGAGCCUGGGGCCAGGCUGGACGUGGAUGCCUUCCAGCCCUACAGCUCCUUGGAACAGCCGCGCUGUGUGCAGCCCAUCUCGGGCCUAGUCAGUGUCCACCUGCACGGUGUGGGGGACCUUAAGCCCCCAAAGGCUGAGUCCAGGGAGGUGUUCUGCGUCCUGCAGGUGGACGCAGCCCCCAAGGCGCGCACGGCCCUGCUGCCCUGGACAGCCGCCUUCCUCAGCCUCAACCACACCUUCAACUUGGAACUGGAGGGGGCCCGACACCUCAAGGUCAUUGUCUUCUCCUGGGACCUGGCUACCUGCCGGAACCGUGUGUGCUGCCAUGGCACCAUUGUCUUGCCCCACAUCUUCAGAGGGUGCAGGGCCCAGCAGCUGGCAGUGCGGCUGGAGCCACGCGGGCUGCUCUACUGCAAGCUGAUGUUGGUGGAGCAGUGGGACAUGCCCAGCAGCCCCAGUGACCGGGAGCCCCGGGUCUUUGGCGUGGAGCUGCGUCACUUGGUGGAAAGAGAGAACACUGCCACCAAGGUGCCGCUGCUGAUCCAGAAAUGCGUCUCCCAGAUCGAGAAGCGGGGACUGAAGAUUGUAGGGCUUUACCGGCUGUGUGGCUCGGCGGCUGUGAAGAAGGAGCUGCGUGAUGCCUUCGAGAGGGACAGUGCUGCUGUGAUGCUCUCUGAACAGCUGUACCCAGACAUCAACGUCAUCACAGGGAUCCUGAAGGACUAUCUGCGGGAGCUGCCCACGCCCCUCAUCACCAAGACCCUUUACCAGGUGGUGUUGGAGGCCAUGGCCCAGCGACAGCCCCAAGACAUGCUUAGCAGGCAGAAUGCGAAGGAGACGGUCGCUCUGCUGGACUGCCUGCCGGAGAUCGAGAAGGCUACGCUGACGGUGCUACUGGACCAUCUCAGCUUGGUGGCCUCCUUCCACGACUUUAACCGCAUGAACUCCCAGAACAUUGCCGUGUGCUUCGGGCCAGUGUUGCUCAACCAGAAUCAGGAGCCAUGGCGCCAGAGGGCCCGCAGCUACGCCCACUGUGAGGAGAUCUCCAGUGCUGUCGACUUCAAGAGGCACAUUGAGGUGCUGCACUACCUGCUGCAGGCCUGGCCUGCCCCCUACAGGAAAGGGCGUGGUGUGGAGGGCCGGGAAAGGGCCCAGUCCAGCUGCCUGCGGCAGAGGCGCCGUCCUGCCCUGCGGCUGGAUCUGCUGGGGAGCGAGGUGGUGGCUCGUCACCGGCCCCGAGGCCUGGAGAGCCCCCCCACCAACCGCUACGCUGGGGAGUGGAGUGUGUGCAGCCAGGAGUAUGGGCUGGUGGCCGGGCCGGGGCACGAGGUCAACUACACCGAGGUGGCCGGCAGCGACAGCGAGAACGAGGUGCUGGACCUGCGGGAGGGGCUGGGCGGCCCCAGCCAGACGGUCUUCGUGGGGGACUUUGCCUUGGUCGACGACCCUGAGGCGCCCUUCAGCCCCCGCCUCAACCUGAAGGACUUUGAUGCCCUCAUCCUGGACCUGGAGCGAGAGCUCUCCAAGCAGAUCAAUGUGUGCCUGUGAGUGGCCUGGCUGCUCCACCACAGUGCCUGGCUCUCCCUGCCCCUACGCUCCCUGGGACCGUCCACAUCCCCUGCCGGGCUCCAGUGUGACCAAAACAUGAGCCAGCAGGGGAGGUGCCAGGCACCAGAUGGUGGGGCUUCAGCUAAAGAAUUUUAGGCUCCAUGCUCAGGAGCCUGGCCCAGCCCUGUAGCAGGCGAUGACUCAGGCCGUCAGCCUUAAUCCAGCAACCUGCCCAGGAGCAGGGGCCCUGAGCAGCAGGUACAGCGUACAGGAGGUGUUCUCAUGCUCUCUCGUGGGCUCCAGCACACUUUGCCCUCUGGGCUUGAGCUCGGGAGAGACCAACACAGUGCACGCCUGGGUGUGGCCGCCGAGCUCCCAGGGGCACGCGCCCAGGCGUGACUGCCGAGCUCCCAGUAUUAAUAGGAACUCAGAGAUUAAGCCAAAGCCAUUUGGAGUGUGACCAAAUUUGUGUAGCACUUGGCUCUCGCAGCCUUUUGAUUUGCACAGCAUGGAUGGGGGCUUGGAGACACCAGGGCAGUGCUCCACCAGGCCAGUGUGUGGCAGCUCACUGAAGUUGGGGCUCUGGGGCUGGAGUAUGGAUGAGGGGCUGAGCCAGCCAGGGGGCUGCACUCAGGGUCACUCACUGCUGCAGUGUUUGUCACUCUCAGCCUACCGUGGGUGACGUAGUAGUGCUAUCUGGCUACAGGGCAGCAUCACAGCCCUGUGUGAUGGGCUGGAAGGAGCCUGGAUCCUGGCGUUCCCUUGGCCCGGCUCUCUGCCCUGGGGCGAUACCAUGUGCAGGGAGCGCACAGGGCAGGGGGAGCGGCUCCCUCCUGAGCCUUCUUUUCUCUGGAUCUCAGAAGCCAAAGAAUCAGCCUCUGAGCCUGUCCCCUGACUGGACUGGAGCAGAAGUUUGUGGGCACUGCUUGUGUGACCCUGGCAGUGGGCUUUCCAGGCUGUAGAAGCUGUGCCAAUAUGGUGCUUCAUGCAGGCUAGUCAGGAAGGCAGCGCCAGGCCCUGGGCGUGGUACAGGGGAUGGGUCAGGAGCACCAUGCUGUGGAACUGGCCUCGCUGUCAGUGUUUUGCUACUAAGUGCCACCCUGUGUCCCACUUGGGUGGGGGGCAGCCUUGGGCCAGGAGAGAGCCAGGGCUAAGGCUUGUUCCUGGCCUCCCUCCAUCCCAGGCGAGGCAUCCCCCCUGCAUAGUGUUAGAAUAUCGACAAGGGUCCCUGACCUCCACCAUCUGUGCUCUGCUCCGGGGCUGCUUCACACAGAAGCCACAAUCUACUGCACCCUGCCAGGGAGGAAGAGGGGCCGUGCCAGUUAUGGCAGCUCACUCUCAGCUUGCCAUGGCGUUAGGUAGUAUCUUGGUGCCAUGUUUACAUCCUCCCCCAACCUGACAAUACUCCAGGCUCCCCCAGCCUGGCUGCUGCCUCCAAUCCUGCUUGGCUGCAGCUCUUGGUGGAACAGUGAGGGGAGACUAGGGUGACCAGAUGUCCUGCUGUUAUAGGGACAGUCCUGAUUUUUGGAUCUUUUACUUAUAUAGGCUCCUAUUACCCCCACCCCCCACUCCCACCCCCUGUCCUGAUUUUUCACAUUUGCUGUCUGGUCACCCUAGGGGAGAAUGGGCUGCAGCCCUGGGAUCCCAUGGCACGUGGACAGACCAGCAUGAGGCAAGAGAUUGGGGCCUGGAGUUCUUUGUGGCUGCUUCUCAUGGGCAUCUUUGGUCUCAUGGGCAGGCCCCACCCUGCAGCUGGCUGACACUGAGAACCCAGGGCCUGGGGUUGGCAGCCAAGCCCCCAGCUCUUUCCAGCCUGGGCUUUCCUUGCGCCUGCUGUUCAGGCCAGGCCUGGCAGGGAGGCCUCCCAUGCACUCUUGACUGAGCAGCAGCAGCAGGCACACCCCUGGAUGUGAUCUGGAGGCUCCAGCUCACUGGCUGUCACCUCCACCUUCUGCAUUGCAGAGUAGAGGAGGCUAGUGCAGAGGCUGCACCAAGGCCUCUGGCUUCCGUGCAGUACAGCCUCCUUGGGCAGUAGCAAACAGAGCUCCAAGCUGGGGCCCUGCUGGGUGGGUGCUCAGGGCUGGUGGGGAGCGAGAGGUGAUUCCCUGGAUGUGCCUUUCCCCAAAUGGAUCCCAUGAAAGGGCAACACGUGGGCAGACUAGCCCCAAACUAAGCUCAAGGCAUCAAUGGCCCUCUUGCACCCAGGCCAGCUCUGGCAUUUCCCAGGGUACUGCUGGGAUACCUGAUGCUGCUGUGCCUUGCAGAGCCUGUGCCUGCAGCGCUGAUUUCAGUGUGCCAGGCGCCCAGGCACAGCUGCCUGAGGGUGCUCACUGCAGGGCCUCAUGGAAAUGCACCCAAUCCCCCUGCACAACCAUCCUCCAGGGAGCCUGGUACUGGAGAGUCCAGCUUUAGUUAGAUUUCUUGCUUGUGUAUGUAUGAUGUAGGUGUGUAUACAUGUUUGGGUGUGUGUGCAGUCAGUGUAGUGUGUGCGUGGGUGUAUGUUUGGAUGUUUGUGUGUGGAAGGGUGUAGGGGUGUGGUUUGUGUGUACAUUUGAGAAGGUGGGGAUGGACGGUUGUGUGUGGUGUAGGGACAUGUUUGUCUGUGGUGUGUGUGUACGUGUUUGUGAGUGGGAUGUGCGUGUAUGUUUGUGUGUACAUCUUUGGGGGUGAGAUGUAUGUGGUUUGUGUGUGCGCAUGUUCAUGAAGCCUGGCUGCUCUGUGUGGAUAUUUAAUGUAUGGAUUUUCACAAUGUUUAUAAAAUACUCAGUUAUAGGGGAAAAAAGCCAUUUUUUUUGCAGAGGGAAGAGGUAAAACCAUGACACAUGCUCUUCCCCUCACUCCAGGCUCUAAUGGAAAUUCACCCCAUCCCCUCUCAAAGCACAAGGCCCAGUAGCCCCCGUUCUGAGCUGCUCUGGCAGGGAGGAAAAGUGCCCAGAGUUUGGGGGCAGGGGCCCUUCAUCCAGUAUUAGCUUAAGGGAACCCAUGUGAAUGUGACGGGAGGGCUGCAGUGCCUCCUGCCAUGGAUGAGUCUGGGACUGAAGAAGGGGGUCACAGCGGAGUGCCACCAUGUUACAGAAGCAGCUAUGCUUGGGGGGGCCCUCUCUGGGGCGGGGGCUGCAUGGUCCAGCCAUUCCCCCCAUUGCCUGGCACCCCCUGCCAUGGGGAAUUGGAGAUGGCUACUUAUUGUGUGUUAAGGAAAUACCCAUGUCAAGGUGGGAGUCAGCAUGGUACCCAUGUAUGCACACCAAGGCAUCCUGCCCACUGCCAACACCAGCAAUAAAGGACACCAGCUACA